CUCAGGUGAAGCAGAGCUCUCCAGGAUGGAGUCUGACUCUAAUGAGUGUGUGAACAUGGAAUGGACAGAUUAAUCACAACCAAGAUUGUGAAUGCAGAGGGAGGAUCAGGAGUUUCAGGAAAAGAGAGUUUGACCACCACGACACGUCUGACAUCCCUUCCUCCAAAGGGCAGCAGUAGUUCGGUGAACACUCAGCGGGUGCUCACAUCUACCUCUAGCUCUAGCUCGGGUUCUAGUUCUGGUUCUGGAGGAACGGUGCAACUGGAGAAGAGGAUUAUCACCCAGAGCAGCACAGGAGGAGGAGGAGGAGGAAAAGGAGGAGGAGGAGGGAGCAGCAGUAAUGUCAUAUCCUUAGGUGGCUCAAGCAGCAGUGUGGUGCAGGUUGUGACUGGCGGCGUGAGCGGAGGAUCAUCUGUGACUUUAUCUUCUCUGGGAACUUCUUCAAGUGGAGCUGCUGGAGGUUUAGGAGCUUCUGGCGUAACCUCCUCCAUCGUUACAUUUGGGGUUACUUCAGGAGGAGGCUCCGGGGCUUCUGCAAACUCUUUCGAGUCCCGGUCUUCCUCUCAGUUUGUGUCCAGCUCUUCUGGGGACUUUGGGAACCUUUCAGUUGGAUCUAUGAAUCUGUCAGGGGGUGGGGCUCACUCGUUAGUGAUGUCUUCUGGAGGAGGGGCUGUUAUGUCAGCAGGAGGCGGCUCUACCAAAUACACCUCCUCCACCACCACUAGCGCCAUGAAGACUGGUAGCUACUCACCGGUCACACAGAGAAAAAGCAGCCUGACCCUGCGCACUGCAGGAUAUGAAGGAAGCUCCAGUGGCAACUCCUCCCCUGAAUAUACUAGGAAAGAGUAUGCAGCCGCAGCAGCAGCAAGUGCAGCCACUAGAGGACGCACCCAGACAAGAGAGAGUGAGAUCAGAGCCAGACUUCAGAGUGCCUCUCCAUCCACUAGAUGGACCGAGCUGGAUGAUGUGAAGAAACUUCUUAAAGGUCGCUCCAGUAGCAGCAGUCCUUCUCGCUCUCCUACCAAUACACUACCCAUACCUAAAAAAGCAAGUGUGGACACACGCAUAGAGAGCCACUCAGGUUAUGACAGCACUAUCCUAGAGUCUGCAUAUAAUGGAUAUGGCUAUCACACCAACCCCAACAACCUCAGCCCCAACUCUACACUUCAACACAACGUGGGACUUCAGAACAACCUGGCCUUCAACACCUCAGCCAUCAGCAGCGGACUUUCUGCUGGAAAUGCAGUGUACGGGAUGCAGAAUAACUUGGGCAGUGGUGGUGCUGGUGGUGCUGGUGGUGCUGGUGGUAUGGCAAUCACUGCAAAUGGGAUUAGUGUUACUCCAGUAUACGGAGUGCCAAAGAACAUCGUGAGCACCUCAGCUUCAACAAUUGCUGCAGCUCCCAGCAGUCCUGUCACCAGCGAUGACGUGUUUGUUAAGGAUUAUAAGUUCAUGCUGCUGGAGAAAGACAACGUUCCGGUGAAGAAAGAAAGCGAGAGGCUGAUAAUGUCAAAAGACACAGGAAAAACAUUCACCUCCACCACUACCACCACUGGACUAUCAACUACGUUUUCAGAUGACUCACUGAAAAGGGAGAAGAAGAUGAUUUCUGGAAUCACAGAAACAGCUACAGUGUCAAAUGGCGUUAAAGUUGCUGCAACUAAGGACAAAGCUACAUAUGCAGAGAUUCGUAAAGAUGAAUCUGGAGGAGGUGGGAUGGGAUUCUGCUCCUGCUGUACCUGGUGGAAAUGGCUGCUUGGAUUGCUGUUGGGAUUGCUCUUAUUGCUGGGGCUUCUCUGUGGACUUAUAGCUCUGGCUGAGGAAGUACGGAGCCUAAAGGCUCGUGUGGAACGCCUGGAAGGCGGCUCUGUAAGUUCUGCUCACACCAGUCGUCAUUCCGCGUCAUCCUCUGUGAACAUCGUAGAUCCGCUUGAUUCUGUACAAUACGAACGAACCCAAAUCACACGAGCAGAAAACACUAUACAACUAGGAUCUGAGGCACUGCAGCCUGACUCUCCCACACUGCAGAGGACCAUAAAACAACUCGUUCACUCUGAAUUACAGUCAGAUACCAUCAGAGCCACACUGGCAUCAUCACUGAAAGGAGAGAGAGGGGAGCCUGGGACCAAAGGUGAUCAGGGAUCUCCUGGGAUUAAAGGUGACGCAGGAUUUCCAGGAGUGCCAGGUCCUCCUGGUCCUCCAGGUCAUUCAGGACAAGAAGGUGCAAGAGGACCUAAAGGAAGUGCUGGUGAACCAGGACAUGAUGGCCCACCUGGGCAGAGAGGCCGUGAAGGGCCAACAGGACCCAGAGGAGAACCAGGACCACCCGGAGUUGGUGAGAAAGGAGAGAAAGGGACAUCUGGAGAUCCUGGACCUCCGGGACCUGCAGGACCACCUGGACCUAUGGGACUCAGAGGUGAAGUGGGUGCUCCAGGUACUGUAGGUAUUCCAGGGGCUCCUGGUUCCCAAGGCUUCCGUGGAGAUGCUGGUGAUCCUGGACCUAAAGGAGAGAGAGGGCCUGCAGGACCUUCUGGAGCUAAAGGUGAUCAAGGAGAGAAAGGGCUUCGUGGAGUUACUGGAGAGCCAGGACAGCCAGGACCCAUUGGGCCAUCAGGAGAGAAAGGACCUAAAGGAUCAGCAGGUGCCCCUGGGCCAGAUGGUGUGAAGGGAAAUCGUGGGGACCAAGGGCCAACUGGGUUGCCAGGUCCUCGUGGACCAGCUGGACCUCCAGGAGAUGCAGGCGUGCCAGGAACUCCAGGGCUUCAGGGACCACCAGGUUUGCCAGGAACACCAGGACAGCCUGGAUCUAAAGGUGAAGCAGGUGAACCUGGAAGAGUUGUCACUGCAGGCUCUGCGUCCAACACUGUAGCUAUUCCUGGACCCCCUGGACCUGCUGGAGUUCCUGGGCCUGCUGGACCUCCUGGACUGUCUGGUCCCAUAGGCCCUGCUGGUCUUCCUGGUCCACCUGGACCCAAAGGAGCAAAGGGUGAUGAAGGUGAACCUGGCAUUUCUGCAAAAUCGGUUGAAAGAGUCAAGUUUGAACCUGUGACCGGGCUUCCUGGUCCUCCUGGCCCACCUGGACCCCCUGGAAGAGAAGGAGAACCAGGGAAACCUGGUGAGGGCAAACCUGGCCUACCAGGACCUGCAGGUCCACCUGGAGAGCCAGGUGUUGGUCUCCCUGGACCUCCUGGUGACAAAGGUGAACCAGGUAGAUUUGUACCCAACUCAGAAACCUUUUUUGCUGGACCCCCUGGACCCCCCGGACCUCCUGGACCUCAAGGAGAGCCUGGACAUCCUGGACUUCCAGGAGAACCUGGAGUUGGUUUUCCAGGGCCUGAAGGCCCAAGUGGAUCCCCAGGACCUGCAGGCUUACCAGGCCCUCAAGGCCCACCAGGCUCUCAAGGGUUACCGGGUUCAAAAGGUGAUGCUGGUGUCCCUGGGGCCCCUGGCAUCCCAGGAUAUUCUUAUGGUGGAGGCAGAAGCUCACCUGGACCACCUGGUCCACCUGGACCCCCAGGGCCUCCUGGAUCUCCUGGUGAUGCCACUGGCUCUCCAGACAUUGCUAAGCAGCUUAAUGACCUUCUUAGAAAUGAUGGCAUUAAGGAAUAUUUCACUGGUCCUCCUGGGCUUCCUGGACCACCUGGAAGUGUGUCUGAUGUCGAUUUGGCUAAUCGUAUUAUCAGUUACAUACAAAGGGAGGAGGUGAGGCAGUAUCUGGUUGGUCCCCCAGGACCACCCGGAGCUCCAGGUAUUCCAGGCCUUAAUCCUCAAGAAGUGGCUGGGAGAGUCCUCAAUCUUAUGAAUGAGCAGGGUAUAUUGACACAAUCUGGACCCCCAGGCCCACCUGGCCCUCCAGGACUUCCUGGAGCAGUCUACAGUGAUCUCCCACUUAUCCUACAAAACUCAGAGUGUAGGCAUCUGACUUGGCUACCAGGACCCCCAGGACCUCCUGGGUUUCUUGGCAUCCUAGAAUCUGGUCCUGUUUUUUUCACAGGCACCUUCUUGAAGGCUAUUCAGAAAUAUCUUAAGAAUGCUGAUUUUAGAGGUCCACCUGGACCUCCAGGUCCUCCUGGACCACAGGGCCCUCCUGGAAUGACAGGAGGCCUGGUGUCCUAUGCUGAGAACGCACAACAAGAGCCGAUCCGUGCUGAACUGCAGGAAUAUCUAAAGAGUGGCAGGGUGUUACGUGAUGAUCCAAGCUUUAAAGAAAGCAACUAUUCGCCUGUUGAGAGGUUGGACUACCGCAAUAUUGCAGAACAAGUGGUGUACUACAUCAAGUAUAACAGUUUGUUGUUGCGAGAUUUCAAAGAUUUUCAAGGGCCACCUGGUCCUCCUGGACCACCUGGACGUCCUGGAAUGAGCCAUCAACACAGUACUUACAGCAACAUGACUGAGAUACUUAAAAUGAUUAGAGACCAUGGCAUUGUUGGACUACCAGGAAUACCUGGGCAGAAGGGAGAAAUAGGAUAUACUGGUCCCAGAGGACAAAGAGGUCCUGGAGGUGAGCAAGGCAUCCCUGGUAUACCAGGUCUUCCUGGCAGUGUUGGACCAAGAGGACAAAAAGGAGAGAAAGGAGAAACAGCCUACAUAAAUAACAGAAGAAAGAGAAGUACAGGUGUUUCUUUUUCUUAAAUAUAAAUUUCAUCAUUUUUCUAACCUUUUGUUGUGCAACUUUUUGUAAUAGCUCAACUAUAGGAUCGGUAAAUUUCUGAACACAGCAUACGUUCAAAAAUGCAGUAAGGAAUGUACACAAAUCAUUGCUAUGUCUCGCUGACAGUCAAAAUGUCAAAUUUCUUGAUAUGACAAAAUGUAUGUACAUAAUUCAUUUAUUUUAUAAUCCAAAGAUGAUCAAAUAUUGUAGUCAAAGUUGGGCACAAGUGUAUUUCUUAAUCAAGUUUAUUUCUUCUACUAUGAAUUUUUGAAGAAAAAAAUGUUUAACUACAAUAUUCGAUUCAGUUCCUGGUUUUCACAUAAAAAAAAGCUCUGAUAUUGCUAUGUCCUCAUUUUCAUAUUUGUAGUUUAGGAUUGUACAUGUAUUGUGAAAUGAUUCGUACUUUUUUUUUACUUCAUUUUACGCAUAUGUUAAUAAACUAGAAAGUAAAGAUCAUAGCAGAACAUAUGUCAUAACUAUGUAUCUUACAGGGCAUUGAAUUGUUUUUGUGUUUUUUUUUCCUCUUCUGUAUACAGUGUAUGCUGAAUGAACACAAU